AUGGGAAUAUGCAAAUAUGGGAAAAAUGCUAAUAUGGGAAAAACGCAGAUGUGGGAAAAAUGCAGAUGUGGGAAAAACGCAGAUGUGGGAAAAACGCAGAUAUGGGAAAAACGCAGAUAUGGGAAAAACGAAAAUAUGGGAAAAACGCAGAUAUGGGAAAAACGAAAAUAUGGGAAAAACGCAAAUAUGGGAAAAUUGCAAAUAUGGCGAAAGCGCAAAUACGGCAAAAACGCAAAUAUAGCAAAAACGCAAAUAUGGCAAAAACGCAAAUAUUGCAGUAAUACAAAUACAGCAAAAACGCUAAUGUGGCAAAAACGCAAAUAUGGCACAAACGCAAAUAUGGCAGAAACGCAAAAAUGGCAGAAACGCAAAUAUGGAGGAAACGUAAAUGUGGCAAAAACGCAAAUAUGGCAGAAACGCAAAUAUGGCAAAAACGCAAAUAUGACAAAAAUGCAAAAUUGGCAAAAACGCAAAUAUGUGAAAAAUGCAUAA